UAACACUAAAGGCAGACACUAACAGCUGCAUCAGCUGCAACUACCAUGGCUGUCUCUGAUAACUAUCCAUUGCGCUUGGUCCUCUUGGGCAAGACAGGGGUUGGCAAAAGUGCCACAGGAAACACCAUUCUGGGUGAGAAGCUAUUUGUGUCUGACAUAAGAGCCACAUCUGUUACAAAGGAAUGCACAUCUAAAACAAAAGUAAUCAACGAACGAAGUAUUACAAUCAUUGACACACCUGGUUUAUACGACACAACACUGACUUCUGAUUUCAUUGUAAAAGAGACUGUGAGAGGCAUGCAGCUAAUAGCUCCCGGUCCUCAUGCUUUUCUUCUUCUGCUUGAUGUGAGGCGUCACACUGAAGAGGAGAGAAACACUGUCAAGAAAUUUCAAGAAAUCUUUGGUGGUGAUGUGUGCAAGCAUAUGAUUGUGGUGUUCACUCAUGGAGAUGAUCUUGAGUUUGACAAUAAAACCAUAGACCAAUACAUCAAUGAGGCUGGGCCUCACCUUCAGGACCUGAUAUCUUCAUGCAAACAGAGGUGCCAUGUGUUUAACAACAGGUCAAAGGACUACACCCAGAUAGAUGAAUUCCUGAAGAAAGUUUACAAGAUGCUGAGUGAAAACAAUCACAGUUACUAUAGCUAUGAACUGUUUAAAUAUGCGCAGGAGCUCAAAGAGGCAAAAGAGAAUGAAAGACAAAGGGAACGAAGAUUGGCAGAAUUGGAGAAACAAGUGCGGAAACUGCAAAAAAAAAGCAACUUAUGCAUUAUACAAUAGUGGAGAAUGUAUGAUAUCUUCUAUUAUGAGUGUCUUACUGUCUAAAUUUCAUACAGCGUACUGUAUAUUAUAAUGUGGUAUAUUCUAAAUGUGGGGAGUUUUGUAGAGCAUGUAUAUUGUUUAUCUAGAAUUAAGGGAGGAAUUCUGAAUGUUUCAGGUCAACUGAAAAAAGUAGAGAGUCUUUUAAUGCCGUAAAUGUAUGUAUGUCAUGUAGCAUAAUGUAUAUUGUAAUGUGGUAUAAUCUAUACAAAAAUAGCACACCUACAACCCAAAAGGUAGUUUAAGAUGUGUUAAGCUGUUUCAAAGAGGAAAGUACUGAUAAUUUUGAAGGAUUUUUCUGUCAAAUGUUAAUUCUGGUGUCAAAUAAAUAAAUCAUUUAAU